GCUCAGUUAAUACUUUGCGAGUCUAAUAAUCAGAGAGACCCACACACUAUAUUAGUCUUCCUGUACUUUACGUACAAUCCAAUCUCUAGACCAUUUGCUUCCUCAACAUCCUAUUGGGCAUGGCAGAGGGAAACAAAUAUCAAUCUCACGGAUCACGUGCUAAUGUACUCCUUUGGAAAGCUUCUGAAGCGAACAAGUCUAACGAGCAAGUCCAAACGAGCACUGCAUUUAGCACAUCGCUGCUUUUUCAUCUCAUCCAUCGCAAAAAAAAUACACAGGAUAGCUGGGCCAUUCUCUCCCAGAACUACCUGACUCGUGUUCACAGAUUACUCCCGUUGGUCCAUCCCCACCCACGGUUCCGUGUGGAGGGACAGAGAUCUCGCCUCGCCCCCUCGGUGAUCCGGAGGCCAACACGGAUGCCGCCACCAUCUCCUAGGUCAAGCCACGCCGUCUCUCCGGCUGCGGGGAAGUCUAUUGCAUUGGAGGAGAGGAGGUUCCGGGGUUGCUCUAGUAACUCUAGUUUCAAUGGUGAGUCCCCAGAUCAGCCCAGAUUGACCCUCCAUCAGGACGAAUGGCCUUACUUUGGUGGAUCUACAGCUGCUGGAUAAACGGAAGAAUCGGGGCCAAGCCUCAAAAGCCACUUGCGAAAAUGUCGUUGAGAUCUGCAUUGUAUUGGCGCUGGUGCGGAACGAUCCCUUCCCUGCAUCGAGACAACAUGCAUUUUUCUACCCCGGGCAAUUUUCCCUCCGUUUUGAAUAAUAAUAGCUUUGAUGUAUGUUUCGCUACAGUAAUGUCUAUGUCCGAAGCUAUCUUCGGCGCCGGCUAUCGCCGAAAGCUCUGACGAAAUGGCCUUUUGC